AUGUCGGGAAAACGCAUCCUCGAUGCUGUCGCUCUGUUCAAUGUCUCCCGAAAAAUAGCAAUCAAGCACUUUGACAUUCGACUUUCCCAGGUACAGCUCUAUGGCCAGACUUCAUCCCUGGUUAAAGCGUUGAAGACUCAAGGUCCACCUGUGGUGGCUGCUGCAGCUUCCCGCUUUGCCUCGUCGCGUUCACCUUCACAUUCUCCACGAGAAGGCAUCGAGCAGGAUCAUUUCUACGAAUCCUCCGAAAGAAACUCAACCUCAGACCCUCCGGCCACAGAAGACCUUGAUGUCGAGCAGGUAGAAGCGGAAAGAAACCCGCUUCCAGAUGGCACUAUUCCAUCGCAGGAAAGUCCAAUUGGCCAAGAGACUGGGGAUGGCAUUACAUUCAACAAGAGACCUGUAGGGGAAACGCCACAACACCCGCUAGAAAGGAACGCACAUGCAGACCUUUCACCAAAGUCCUCCAACCAGUCUACGAUUCCAAAUCCUGCAGGCAGAUCUCUGUCAUCGGAGGAAGCGAGGAGACUUCAACGUCAAUCAGAAGACCAAAUACCAGCGAGGACCGCAGAGCCUCCAACGGCAGAAGAAGGUGGAUUUCAAGAAUUUGGAAUUGAGCAAGAAAAGGAUGUUUUCUACCAGCCGCCGGGGCAUGUGAAGCCUGUCCUAUCGGCUUUGCCACGGGUGCGUGUGCCCAAGACGGAGAAUGAUAUCCAGGAGGGAGAUUCACACAUCCCUCCUGGUAUUAAUGCGGACGUCUACUAUUCGGGAGCUAAGGAAAACGAGGGAGAACCUGAGCCCACUGAAGAAGAACUUUCUCAACUAUUUCGCAACCCUAAGAACUCCAAACUGUUCUCGCAGAAAGCAGCCAAGCAUUUUCCCAGUGGGGGAGUUUCGAGCAGGAGCUUCCACACAUCGAGAGUGGUCCAGGAGAAGGCUUCGAGUACAGAUGCAGAGAGCAUCAAGCAACUAGCAGCUGAUAUGGCCAAGGAUGCCGAAAAGCUCAGUGCGUCGCAAGCACCGAAUGUUCAGGCGUAUCAAAUGCGGGAGUCCAGGGUCCCAUCAUCGCGAGUAUCCCGUCUAUUCGAGUACGGAGGACUAGCAGCAUCGAUGGCUUUUGGGGCUGUUAGCGAAAGCAUUUCUCGUACAGGCGGGCCAGACGGGUCGUUGAUGUUGAGUGCGGCGAACAUGGAGCGGCUAGUGGCCAAGCUGUCGAAGAUGCGCGGGGCCGCAUUGAAGCUAGGACAAAUGAUGAGCUUUCAAGAUGCAAAGAUGCUCCCCAAGCCCAUCCAUGACGUGCUCCAGCGUGUACAAGAUAGCGCUGACUACAUGCCCGCUUCUCAGAGGGAUGCUGUGAUCGCCGCGAACCUAGGCCCCAAUUGGCGUAACCAGUACGAUGAGUUCGAUGAGCGACCCAUGGCGGCCGCCUCGAUCGGUCAAGUGCACGGUGCGGUGCUCAGGUCGGGUCAGAAAGUCGCGGUCAAGGUGCAAUAUCCCGGUGUCGCGGAUUCCAUCUCGUCGGACCUGAACAACCUCUCGUUGCUGUUGACCGCUUCUCGUUUGCUGCCCAAAGGUCUUUAUCUGGACAAGACAAUUGCCAAUGCUCGCACCGAGCUUGCAUGGGAAUGUGAUUAUCUCCGAGAAGCAGAGGGAGCCCGCCGGUUUCGAGAGCUGUUGAAAGACGAGCAGGACACCUUCACGGUGCCUGAAAUCUUUGAUGAGGCUUCAGGCAAACAGGUCCUGACCAUGGAGAAGAUGGAGGGUGUGGCUGUCACCAAGGUUCAGAACUUCAGUCAGCAGCAAAGGGAUUGGAUCGGAACACAAAUACUGCGGCUGUGUCUCCGGGAAAUCAUCGAGUUCCGAUACAUGCAGACCGAUCCCAACUGGACCAACUUUCUUUACAAUUCCGAAACAAAUAAACUCGAGCUACUGGAUUUUGGAGCGUCACGCGAGUUCCCAGCCGAAUUCAUCGACCUAUACGUGAAAGUUCUGGAUGCAGCAUCCCGAGGAGACCGAGCAGGGUGCGUCGACUUCUCUGUCAAGCUGGGAUAUCUCACAGGUUACGAGUCCAAGACGAUGACUAAAGCACAUGUGGAUUCUGUCAUGACACUUGCUGAGCCCUUUAUGAAUUAUGCGCCGGAUGUCUAUGAUUUCAAGGACCAAACCAUCACCGAUCGAGUGCGUGGGCUCAUUCCCGUCAUGCUGAGAGAGCGACUGGCUCCACCUCCAGAGGAAACAUACAGCCUGCACCGCAAGCUGAGCGGAGCGUUCCUGUUGUGCGCCCGACUGGGCAGUCAAGUCCGUUGCAAGGAUCUUUUCCAGUCAGCGCUUGUCAAAGCUGGGUUGCGAUGA